AUUUUGCAACACACAAUGGCGUCCAUAUCAGAGGAGGAUCUCUCCUGUCCGGUCUGCCAUGAUGUCUUUAAUGAUCCAGUUGUCCUGACAUGUAGCCACAGCUUCUGUAAAGCCUGUCUGAAGAACUGGUGGAAAGGAAAAGGAACACACGAGUGUCCAGUUUGUAAGAGGAGGUCAUCAAGGAGUGAUCCUCCUCAUAACCUGGUGUUGAAGAACCUGUGUGAGAGUUUCUUAGUGAAGAGAGAUCAGAACGUUUCAGCCGGGUCUGAGAUUUUCUGCCGUCUGCACUUUGAGAAACUCAAACUCUUCUGUCUGGACCAUCAGCAGCCAGUGUGUGUCGUCUGCAGGGAUUCAAGAACACACUCCAACCACAGAUUCAGACCCAUGGAUGAAGCUGCUCAGGAUCUCAGAGAGGAGCUCCAGAAGUCUCUGCAGCCCUUUCAGGAGAAACUGAAGCUCUUUGAAGAAGUUAAAGUGAAGUUUGAUCAAACAGCAGGACACAUGAAGGUCCAGGCUCAACACACAGAGACGCAGAUUAAGGAGCAGUUCAAGAAGCUUCACCAGUUUCUAGAAGAGGAAGAGGAGGCCAGGAUGGCUGCACUGAGGGAGGAAGAGGAGCAAGAGGGAGACUGUGAGCAGAGAGAUAGCAGCUCUUUCACACACAGUGGGUGUUUCUCAAUCGCGAGUAAAGCUGCUCCAGAGCCACUAUUUCAACGAAGAGGCAGGGCGCCGGUGGUGGAUGCUUUGUCAGGCUACCCCAGCCACGGCGACGGUCUUCCCACCCGUCACUUCCGCUCUCCUCAGAGCCUGCCUGGUUGGCGCCUCGCUGUCUUCGACCGGAACCGCUGCACCCUGGCAGUGGAGAGACCCCCCCUUCUCAGCCUCAACACGCCCUCCUACCUCGCAAUGGUCCACCUAGACCAACCCGAGGUUGACUUAGUGGUAGACCACCACUCAACCCAGCUCACCGCCCCCUUCGGAGACCUAUCUGGCACCAUUCGAGGUUUGCACAUCAAGCCGCCACUUGACGUCCUUGCAGACCUUCCUCCGGGUUCAAGUCCUCCGGAAGCUUGGAGGACCACUGUGGCAACCAGUCCCUUCGGCAGGCUGACUUCUUCCUCCGAAGUCCCUAAACAAUCAGGGCCCCCUGAGGACUCCGUCCAACGUUCCAUGGCUGUCCGGCUUCCCGUCGUCGGAGUCGGCACCGGCUCCGUUUCGGCGGCCCACACCCCUCUUCAAGGCGCGUCCUUCGGUACCUUUUUCUGA